AAAAAAAAUUUUUUUUUAGUUUUCUCCACAAAAAUUGUUCUCCUUGAAUUUACAGCACAACGACACUUUAACAAUCCCAAUAUUCUGACUUAUUUCUACCUUCUACUACAACUUAUAUCCUUCCCUUUAAACACUUCAGCAGCAAGAUAUAGACGAUACCAUCUCUAUUAAAACUAUGUAUGAGAGUGAAAUAAAUGAGGCAAAAAAAUUAAUUGAAGACACUAGUAGUGCUCGUCGUGAUUUAGAUGCUCAAGUUCGUCGCCUCCAAGACGAAUUGGACGAACAACGACGAAAAUAUGAGGAAGCGGUUCGUUUUCGUAGCGGUGAUCGAGAGAAAAUUGACGAUUUGCUUGUUCAAUUAAGCAAUUUGGAAUCUGAAUUGUCCUUAUUGAAACGUCGAAUUGCUCUUCUUGAAGAAGAGUUGGGUCGUCUUCGCAAAGAUAAUUCUCGACUUCAGGUAUAA